AUGUCCGAGAUCCGGCUGAGAAAUGUGCUCAACGCGUACAACGAGAAGCCACAUACCAUACAGGGCAUGACGUCUCGACGACGGGCCGGCCAGAUCAUGGCAGUUGAAUGGCGGCAAGGACGACAAGGUCUGCAGCCGGGAAUGGACUUCAGCUCAUUCCAAGAGAGGUCCAUGAACAUGAAUGGCUACCAACGGCGAAGUAUUCAGUCGAUUCAUUUCCAGACACAGGACAGCACAAGCACCAAGAGUUUUGGACCCCGUAUAGGCACUCAAGCCUCUGACCCGUACUGGCAGAACCUCAACACCGAAAUGUCCUUUCGGCAUGGCAAUGACGAGUCGGUUUCUUUGACUGAUUUUUACAUGACCGACGUCGAAGGAAUGAAGCGCAGAUGGUUAUGUAUCGAGAUCUCCAGACCUCUGGUGGACAUUCAUGGUGCAGCUCCCUGCGAACUCGAUCCGAUGCCACAAUCAUCCAUCAAGAUCGCAGUGCCAGCUGAUAAAGUCACCGUGUUACCAAGUCCUUGGCAAUCACAGGCUCCCGGCGAUGUUGCGUCGAACUCGCUCCGACUGGAGUAUAGCAAAGAUGGCAUCGCGCUAUUUGUGACGCAAAGUAAGGCGGACUACAUCCCAGGCCACAACUUUGUGGAAGACUUCUUUUCGGCUGCAGCCGUGACCGGACUUCCAUGGAAAGAAAGUGACCGUCGGCUCAAGGCCGAGACCGUAUCCAAGCGCAAACACGAAUUCUGGGAGCGCGUCCAACGUGCGGCAAACGAGGACAGAAUGCGGUGGAUAUCGCUACAGAAGGCCAUGGCCAGAAAGAACUGCGUCGUGGACAUCAUAUUCAGGAGCGACUGGCUCAAUGUGGCCCCUUCAGCUCCGGGGCAGCAACUUUGGACACAGACAGACCCUCGGCUGCUGUCCUCUGUUCCUGCGCAGAUUCCUCGCAGAUCGUAUGGGUCUAAUGGUCGACCCGACGCUAGAUUCGCGGGCCACACGAACCAUCGACCACCCAGUUCAGGGCUUCGAAACGAGCUGAAAUGCGGUGAGCGGCAGACGGGUCGCAAGGCUCAGAUGUCCAACAUCGCUGCCGCCAAGACUGUCGCCGACAUUAUUCGAUCGUGCCUGGGCCCCAAGGCCAUGUUAAAGAUGCUUUUGGACCCCAUGGGAGGCAUCGUUCUCACCAACGACGGCCACGCCAUCCUUAGAGAGAUCGAAGUCUCCCACCCCGCAGCAAAGAGCAUGAUCGAGCUUAGUCGGACACAGGACGAGGAAGUCGGCGAUGGAACGACGACAGUCAUUAUCAUGGCUGGUGAGAUCCUUGCCCAGUCCCUGCCCCAGCUUGAGCGAAACAUCCACCCCGUCCAGAUCAUCGCCGCCUUCCGCCGGGCACUCAAGGACGCCCUCGAGAUCGUCGACGACAUCUCCCUUCCCAUCGACGUCAACGACGACAAGGCCAUGCGCGGCCUCAUCUCCUCCUCUAUCGGCACCAAGUUCGUCUCGAGAUGGUCAGACUUGAUGUGCGACCUUGCUCUGAGGGCUGUCCGCACUGUUACGUGGGAAGUCGGCAACGGAAAGACCGAGGUUGACAUCAAACGUUACGCGCGUGUGGAGAAGGUUCCCGGAGGCGAGAUCGAGGACAGCCAAGUGUUGGACGGUGUGAUGCUUAACAAAGACAUCACCCACCCCAAGAUGCGCCGGAGAAUAGAAAACCCCAGAAUUAUCCUCCUCGACUGUCCCCUGGAGUACAAGAAGGGCGAGUCGCAAACGAACAUUGAGAUUUCCAAGGAGGAAGAUUGGAACCGCAUCCUGGAGAUUGAGGAGGAGCAGGUUAAGGCCAUGUGCGAAUCUGUUCUCGCCCACAAGCCCGACUUGGUCAUCACCGAGAAGGGUGUCUCAGAUCUCGCCCAGCACUACCUGCUGAAGGCCAACGUCACCGCUAUCCGCCGUGUGCGCAAGACGGACAACAACAGAAUAGCCAGAGCCACCGGCGCUACUAUCGUUAACCGCGUCGACGACAUCCAGGACUCCGACGUCGGUACCCUCUGCGGUCUGUUCGAGAUUGAGAAGAUUGGCGACGAGUACUUCACCUUCCUCACCAAGUGCCAGAACCCUAAGGCCUGCACAGUACUCCUCAGAGGCCCGUCCAAGGACGUGCUGAACGAGAUUGAGCGCAACCUCCAGGACGCCAUGGGUGUCGCCCGUAACGUCAUGUUCAACCCCAGACUCGCCCCUGGUGGUGGUGCGACCGAAAUGGCCGUCGCGGUGCGGUUGAGCCAACUUGCAAAGAGUGUCGAGGGUGUUCAGCAGUGGCCGUACAAGGCUGUCGCCGAUGCGCUCGAGGUUAUUCCCCGCACCCUGGUACAGAACGCCGGUGCCAGCCCCGUCAGAGUCCUGACGGAUUUGCGCGCCAAACACGCCGAGGGCAAGCACUCCUGGGGUAUCAACGGAGACAGCGGCGUGAUUGCAGACAUGAAGGAGUAUGGUGUCUGGGAGCCGGAGGCCAUCAAGUUGCAAAGCAUCAAGACGGCUAUCGAGGCUGCCUGCUUGCUUCUCAGAGUCGAUGACAUUUGCAGCGCGAGAAAGGCUGCACAAAUGGGCAACGGCCUCCAUGGAGGUGGUGACGAAUGA